AUGUCAGGCCCAAUCCUAGGAAAAAGGCUUGAUAAGGAAACUCAUUUAAGUGGAGAAUGGCUGCGUACAUGGAGCAGCGGUGAUUUGUGGCAAGUCCAUCACCCAUAUAAUGGGUUGGAGUUUGUUGUUGAUCUUGGGAAAAAAACUUGCACUUGCUGCUUUUGGGAUCUUGUGGGCAUACCUUGUAGGCAUGAUGUUUCUGCAUUGCAAUAUCAGAAUUUAGAUCCUGAGAAGUAUGUUGACCCUUGUUACAUGAGAGAAGCUUACAAAGCAUGUUAUGAAAACAAUGUUAGUCCAAUAAAUGGAAUGGACAUGUGGCUUACUGUGGAUGCUGAAAACUUGUUGCCACCAUAA